UGUGGAGGGAGGUGUUAAACAGGAAAAGUUAAGCGGUCCAAGUGAAGAGAAAUUUACUGAAUUUACUGAAAAAUUUAAUUUGGGAGGAAAUUUGAAGGGAGUAGAAGGAAAAUUAAUGAAAGAGGAAGAAAUGAUUAAUAAAAAUGAGGAGGAAGAGUUGAAGAAGAAGCAGAACCAUUUGAGGAAGGAACAGGAAGGAAAGGGUGUAGAGAAGGAAGAAAAGAUUGGAGAGAAGGGAGAAAAGAGUGGAGAGAAGGGAGAAAACUCGGGAGAGACGGGAUUCGAGGAAAAUUACAAAAAUUAUAUAACCAAAGAAGUAAAAAAAUUGAAUAAAAAAUUUUUUGGUUCUGAAACUAUUACCUCCACCAAAACUGAAGAAAAUGUUUCAUUCGUAACAGAUUUAAUGAUGGAUAUCCCUCAAGGUCCAGAACGCGAAAAUUUUAAAACAACAGCUGCAGAAUUAGCUUUUGUUUUAAAUCUUUCUGAUAAAAAUACUCCAGAAAAGCUUUGGUCACUUGUUGGAGUUGAGAAAGGAAAUGUAAGUUAA